AUGUCUCUCAUCUACGGUCUCGUUGCCCAUGGCUCUACUAUCCUGGCGGAGCACACCAAUAGCUCUGGAAACUUUGCUACUGUGACCCAGGCUAUUCUCGAGAAAAUCCCUCCCAAUAACUCAAAGCUGACCUAUGUCUACGAUCGUUAUCUUUUUCACUACAUCUGUGAGGAUGGUGUGACAUAUAUGUGCAUGGCCGAUGACUCGUUUGGUCGUCGAAUUCCCUUUGCAUUCCUGCAGGAUCUCAAAGAAAAAUUUCUGACUACCUAUGGAAGAGAAAGAGCACUCCAGGCUCCUCCUUAUGGACUCAAUGAAUUCUCUCGUGUUAUUGCCAAGCAAAUGGACUAUUUCUCUACCAACCCCAGUUCAGAUAGAUUAAAGCAGGUUCAUGGUGAAAUUGAACAAGUCAAGGAUGUCAUGGUACACAAUAUUGAGCGUGUAUUGGAACGUGGCGAAAGAAUUGAAUUGUUGGUUGACAAGACAGACAAUUUGAACCAGCAAGCAUUUGCAUUCAAGAAGCGUAGCACUCACCUCAAGCGUGCUAUGUGGUGGAAGAAUACAAAGCUUAUGGCUAUGAUUGCCUUGGCUUGUUUCUUGAUUGCCUAUUUCAUUGCUGCCUCUAUUUGUGGAUUCCCUACAUUUUCGACCUGCAGAGGAUUAGUAUCAGGACCAGAAGAAGGAGGAGAAGGCGUCUAAAAGGAAAAAAGAAAAAGAAAAUACAACUUGACUUUUUGGUUGAAAGUAUACUGCCUGAUAACUGACAAUUUUUUUCCAAGACUUUAUAUGUAUAUGUACAAGUAUAUGGUUCAUUACAUUCAUAUCUUUCCCUUGCCCUUUCCUUCUACUUCUUCUACUUAUCCUUCCUUUCUUUCUUUAGUCACCCCUAACACUUCUUUCUUUUUAUUGAUACCAAAAAAAUCCCCAACAACAAGAACAAGAACAAAUACAAAUUAUGAAC